CAUAUUCGAUACUGACCGUAUCGACGCUGUACGUGUUCGAGGCCAACUCACUUCAAGAAUUAAGAAUUCGAUCUUAUCUUGGCAUAAGUUACAUUUGUUCGAAUUUAUAGUACAAAAGCAAAAUUUUAUAUAAAAGUAAAAAUGUUGAAUGUGAAGUUCAUGGGAGUAUCUUUAAAAUGCAGCUUCAACACACCGAUCUCAGUGCAAGAAUUAAAACGAGAAGUUGAAAGAGAAACAAAUCUUUCAUGUGAUCAAUAUUAUGUCCUACACAAUGGUCGACUGAUACAGGAAGAUGACAUCUGCUCGAGUGGCCAUGCAACCGUGGUUCCAAGAUUGUUGGGUGGCAAAGGUGGUUUUGGAUCUAUGUUACGCGCGAUAGGUGCACAGAUUGAGAAAACUACAAAUCGUGAAGCUUGCAGAGAUCUCAGCGGUCGCAGAUUGCGUGACAUAAAUGAGGAAAAGAGAUUGAAAGCCUGGAUUGAUAAACAGGCCAAGAGAGAGAAGGAAGCGGUGGAACGCAAGCAGAAGAAGCUAGAGAAACUCUGCACCGAACCGAAACAUGAAUUUAAAGAUCAGCGUUAUGAUCAGGAACGUUCGGAAUUGACCGAGAGAGUUGGAGAUGCCGUGGAAGAAGGAUUCAAAGCUGCGAGCACGUCAGGUAUCAAGAGAAAACGAGAGGAGAACAACAAACCUAACAAACGCAAGACUAUAUUAGAUUUGGAAAUUGAUUCUGAUGAACUUGAGGAUUCUGAUGACAGCGAUGAAGAAGGAGCGUCACCUAUAGAAAGAACGAAAGCAAAAGAUCAGCAAGCAUCAAAUAACAGUGGACACUCCAGUAACGAUGCCGAAAAUAUCAAUGAAUGCAUUAAGAAAACAGAAAGCAGGCAUUUUAUGUCGUUGAGCGAUAAUCAGAUAAAUAAUAAAAAUAUUGAGUAACGCUUUAUAGAGUUUACUGAAAUAAAUACUAAUGUAAUCACGAAUAUAACUGUAUAAAAUUAAA